UGUUUUGACAAAUACAUAACACCACGUGACGUCUGUUUCCUCAGUCAAUUUUGUUUUGAUCAUACCAAAUUAUUUGUAAUGUAACCAAAAAUACACCAAAAUGAGUGCAAUUUUAAAAUUUAUCCGUGAAAACCACAUCCUAGCCCUAAUAGAACAGGCCAUUGUUAAGAAAAAAUCAAGAUUGAGUCUCAACGCGUUCGAAAUCACGGAAAUCCCAUCUCUCCUAUAUACAUGUUUGGAAGUGCAACAUCUUUAUUUACAUAAAAAUAAAAUAACAAUCGUGCCAAUGCAAAUAACACAGCUUAUAAACUUAACUACGCUAACUCUCGAUUAUAAUAACAUAAAUUCAUUGCCAUCUGAGAUCGGCAACUUAAAAAAUCUUGUUAAUCUAAACAUAAGUUAUAAUCCGUUAAAAGUGUUAAUACCAGAGAUUUUCGAACUUGAAAACUUGGAAGCGUUUUGGUGUAACCGGACAGAAUUGAAGGAGUUACCUAAAGAGAUAGGGAAGUUGGAGAAACUCGACACUUUUGGGGCGAGGGGAAAUGAACUUAAAACUAUACCUGAAGAAAUGACCACGCUAACAAAAUUGAAAUGGUUAACUUUAGAAAAUAACCAGAUAGAGACAAUGCCAGAUACAAUGGACAGGAUGGAAGCCCUUGUACAUUGCAACCUUCGCCACAAUAGGCUCCAGGAGUUCCCGCUGUCAGCCCUAAAAUGUCCUGACCUGAUGUACUUGCAACUUAACCAUAAUCAGAUAUCUUCAUUGCCUGUGGACUUUGAUACAAGCUUCUUGGCUUUACUGGAAAUGAUCGACUUGCGGUCGAAUCCAAUAUGUGAACUGUCACAUAUAGACCACCCCUUAGUGCGGUACACGGACGAGCCGCCAGCGGAGCCCCCGGCGGCUGCGGCAGCGGCUGGGUCUCGCGCGGCCGCUCAGGCGCUGGCCAUCAACGCUACCGCGUUACGGCUGCCGGCAGUACCCGCACAGCGAUACGUCGACAGGGACCCUCUCAUUAUGGACAUGGAUUUCGACGCGUCGUCAGUAGAAUCAUCAGAGGACUGGGAGAACAGUGUGAACAGUUCCGAACUGGACGUACAGUACCAGAGCGAUGAAGAUAGACUAGAGAAUGAGAUCGCUCAAUUCUUCCAGGCCGUCGGCAUGGUGUUGCCAGAGUUAUCCCGAUACGCUUCCACCGCCAGUUGAAUAAAUUAAAAUGGUAGGACACAUUUGAAAACCGAAUUUUAUAAAAAAAAAAAAAUGUAAAAUUUGUAGCUAUAAUUUGUUUUCAUAGAAGUCAAUGAAAAUAUAAACAAACAAAUAAUUUUAUAGUUAAAAGUUUCGUAAAUACACUUUAUAAUUUAAUAUAAUAACUACCGGUUUUACUUACGUAUAAUUUAGUCGAGAAAGAUCGACUAGUUACGGGUUUAGUUCAGCGCAAUAAGCUCGCGCUCGCGUCGCAGCCGCUCAAGAUUAAGUGUCCCGAAUGAUCCGGAAACUAGUCGAGCAUCCACGAUCAAAUUACAUGUAAGUUAAUCCGAUAGUUAUUAAAUUAAAAACAAAUAAUUGACUGGAACGUAAAACUGGUUGUGUCCAGUGACAACACAAUUAGAAAAUCUAUGAAUGUGUCCAUUUGUUAAUAAUUUAAUUUAAAGUUUUUCUUUGAUAAUUUCAACAAAACUAAGCAAUCCAUUAUGUACUAUUGGAACAAACUAUACAAAAAAAAGUAGUUAUAAAAAACAACAACGACCUUACUUAAAUUUUUACAUAUCAAUCUUGUAAUUUUUAUUCUCUUUUAAACGCACAUUUUUUUUAUUGUUUACUGUUUUUAGGAGAUUUAUAUCGUAAUCCGAUAAAUAUGGUGCUUUUACAUAUUACUGAUAAUAUAACUAACAUUGAUGGAAGAAAACUCUAUCAGAGUUAAGCUCGCCUUUGUACUUUUGUUUACCUCUGUCAUAUUUUUAUAACUAAUGUGUACAAUAAAGUAUUAAAAUAAAUAAAUAAAUAAAUUGAUAAUAACAAUUAUCUCCUAAAAAUAAAUUUAUAAUCGAUUUUUUUUAAUGCUUUCAAUUAAUUAACAGCUUUAAUACUAUUUAAGUCACCAGAGGGAGACUUUGUACAAAAGUCGAUUGCUUGGGUACCUCUGUCCUAUUCGUGUUUCAACCGCGAAGCAGUUGUGUUUGCAUGGCUGUGUUUCGGUUUGAAGUGUCGGAUAUGGCGUGAAUUUACAGGGUACAGAGGAAUAACACCUGAGUCCUCAGGAAUGGCAACGCAUGGGGGGUAUCAUGGGUGAAACAGUACACUCUGUUAUGUCCAUGGUACUGCUCAUGUCUAUAGGCGACGGUUACCACUUUCCAUCAGGUGGACCGUCAGCUUGUUUGCCAUUCUAAGUUGUAUAAAAAAAAAAAAAAAAAAUUAAAUCGUUAGUGUCUAAUCCGUAAAAUUUAUUAAUUGAUUAUUUAAAAAGUUCUAAAAUGUUAAUCAUUGAAUACAUUGCAUAUAAAUCUAUCAAUAAAAAUGUUAUAUCUAUUUCAUAUUUUCCUUCGAAAUUUUCCAAAAAUCCGUAAAAUAAAUCUUGUUCUAAAGUUUUUUUUUUAUGUAAUUUAACAAAAAAAAAGGUAACAAAUUACUCAAAUGGUUGUACCCCUAUUUAGACACAUUAGAUUUGAUUUAUUGAGUAAUUAUUGGAAUACUGUAAGUAAAAUUAUUUUUUUUUUCAAACUACUUAUUGAUUGGUAUAUUUUUGAUAAGUAAGGCUGUCAAUUAAUAAAAAAAAGAGUAUUUUACAUGUAGAUAGAUAUUACAUUUGUUUAGUUGCAAGAAUUGAAAAUUUACAAUUGGUGUUUCAUUUUUUUUUUCAAACGUAGGUAGUGUAAAGAUUGUUAUUUAUUUUUAAAGCACUAGUGUAUAAGUAUCAAUUACGAGCCAAAUAUUUGAUAAAUAAAAGUAAUAAAUUUGUUUAGUAUCUAAACAAAUGGUAAACAAUUUCAUCAAAAUACUUUUUUUGUUAUUGGCACGCAUGAGAAUGCUGUGACACCCUUUCUUUCUUUCAUAAACACUCGAUAGAUGUAGGUUGCACCUGUAUAAGUUAUAUAUUUUGUAUAACAUAUAUAGAAAACAGGCAACACUUUAUUAAAAACAUGUUGUCAAGUACCUAUCUCUUAUAAUUUAUAAAAUAGAUAUAUCGUCAUAGUCGUAGAAUAGUGACGGAUCUAUAUAUGUAAUCUUCGUCAGAUCCGUCAGUAUUCUACGACUAUGACGGUAUUAAUUUUCUCAAAUCAAAUUUAUAUUUAGGAAUGGCUCAAUGUUUUUAUACAAUAAUGUAGUUAAUAAACCAUAAUAUGGUAUACUGUAUUAUAGCUCAAAAUUAAUGGUAGAGUGUGAGUAAAUUACAUAAUUUUUUUACAGAAUGACUGGCAACACUUCAUUAAAAACAAUAUGUUGUAAAGCACCUUUCUCUUAUAACUUUAUAUUUUAAUUUUUUUUUUCAAAUUAGAAUUACUAAACUUUAAUACAAAAGUAAUUAAUAAAUCAUAAUAUGGGUAAAAUAUUAUAGGUAUAUAUUAUAGGUAAAAUCAAAGGUAACGGGUGAACUAAAUUGCAUAAAUUUAUGGUUAUGGUAAAUUUCUAAGAUGGCUGUAAAAAUAUAUCGUAGUUUUAGUUGUAUAAAAAAAGUCGGAUAUCCAAAUGAGUAGUAAGUAUAUAUAUAAUGUAUAAUCUAAUUAUAUAUUACUUCUAUGAACAAAAAGAUAAAUUGGAAAUAUUUUAUAAAAGUAUCAAAUUGUAUUCAUGGCGCCAAAUUAUUAAAAAUUAUAUUCCUAUAUUCAUGUAUAAUUAAUAACAUAUACAUAUAUAAUGGUUGUGUCUUAGUUUUAUAUAAUUAGAUAUAAUACUAAUAUUUAUAUAAUAAAUACUAAAAUCAUACAAGGGAAAUCCCUUUUAUGAUUUUAGUAUUUUAGCUUUCGAGUAAAUCAUGUAUUAUCAAUCAAUCGCUAUGAGCGGCCAUCUUAAACAUCGGCCAUUUUGAAUAUUAAAAAAGCGUUGAAUAAGCUCGUCUAAAUUUCUUUCUUUCUAAAAUAUUCUAAAUUAGGUUGUUAUCAUUUGUAUGAUAACAACCUAUUUUUAUUUGAAACUGUAUGUUAUUAUUUAAAUAUGUAGACACAUAUUUCAUUAAUAACAAAAUAUUAAAAGAAUCUCAUUGUCAAGUUUUUUAUUUUUUAUUUUAUAUCAGUAGGAAUGUAUAAAUUACUUUUUUAUAAAAACUUUCGUGGAAUUAAAAUAUUUUAAUUGUUACAGAAAUAAUGGUAUUAUGUUACAUUAUAUAUUAUAUACUUUUUGUAUAUAUUUGUAACAGCAGUUCUAACUAUAUGAUCACAAAAUUUCACAAUAAUAUUUGUAAAACUGAACAAGGCGGAAUAGUUUAACUGUUAAAAGAUUUUUUACUCUUUCGUUCAGUCUGUGUUACCUCUCAAUUUGUAUUAAGGAUAUUUCAUAUUCCGCUUAGGUACUCAGACUUUAGAUAUUAUUUGGUUUAAAAUUACAAGGUUUUUGGAUUUAUUUUUGUCGUUAUUUUUUAUGAUAUCCUUUCUAACUAUACACUGUAUAUAUUAUAUUAAAUAAGCCAUAAUGAAUUAUAAAAAGACAUUUAAGUAUGCCUCAGUUUGUAUUAAUUGUUAUUUUAGAAUAUUUACUUAUUUUGUUGACUUUAUACUAUUUUGUGAUAAUUAUAGAAUAAUUCUUGAUAACAAUUGUAUCAUGAUAAAUAAUAAUGAAGUAAAAUACCAGAGAUUCAUGUGACCUAAAACAGUUUCUAAGUCCCACUAAUAAUUCACUUGGUAAUAAUAUAAUAACAUGGGGUUCUGAUGGUUUUAUAAAGGGGGGGGGGGGGGAAGCAACGCGCGCGUAACGUACCUUGAUGUUACAGGGAUUACGGGGUUAGCCUGUCGACAGGCUAUGGUAACCCCGUUUACCAUCUCUAGCUCUAUGCUCGUUUGCCACCAAAGUACUAUAAUCUAAAUCUGUAAUUUUGUUGGAUUUUACUAUAUAAUUGUUUUUAUAUAUAAAUUAUUGUCUUUGAACUGUAAAAUUAUAAAAUUCAGGGUCUCUAUGUCAUUGCAAAUAUAUGUAAAUAUACUGAAUGUACAAAAAAUACAAUAAAUAUUUGUUUUUUAAA